AUGAAUUCGAUACUACGGGUAUCUGUCAGUGUGCCCAAGACGAUCUCGACUUCGUUGUUCUCGCGAUCCUUUUCUUUCUACCAUGCUUUUCAGCAGCCUGACAAGGAGUCUUAUGCAGAAUUGCCUCAGAGGAAGGCGUAUUACGCGAAGUUGCGCCAGGAUCCAGCCGCCUGGAGGCGGGAACUCGAUCGGAAGGCGGAAAAACUUCAUCAAUGGCAUCGAGAUCCAAAGAACAAGGCAAAGAUGCAGGCAGCUCAAAGACGCUUCCAGGACGCUCGCAUGGAGGAUGAACGCUAUAGAUUCUACUUGCGUCUUAAAAAUUGGUGCGGCAGAUAUGCGUGGGUACGUGAACGACUUCCUUGGAAGACGUACCAGCCUAUUCGUCACGACGACAUGGUCGAACAUUACUGCAGUGGCUGCAACUGCACAAGGCGCGGAGGCAGGAAGUUGUGGUGGAAGAAAAUUGAGACAUCGCCCGCAGCAGACUCUGGCACUUGGUUAUGUCUCAAUUGUUAUGUUCCAAAGACAGAUUGGGCAGAAGCCAUGCCUAAAGGCUAUGAAGAUCUCACGACUGCAACUUUACAGGAAAUGGCCAAAAGGAGAGACAGCUUGGGCCAUGGCGACUAA